UGAAGUCUCGCUCGCGCCCCCAAAGAGGCCAUGUUUUGGGCGUCGUGCGCUUGUGUACCGCGAGCUUGUGUGGCGCGUGCAACUCGCAGUUCUUAUCGAGUCAGCGUUAUCUGAGCGCAGCCGCUAUCCGAUAAAGCUGUGCGUGACGCAUUAGCUCUCUCCGUUCUAAGAACAACGUGUUUUCAUCGGUGUAAACGCGUGUUACCUGAUACUCGGUCCACUGAACAACGGAGGAACUGUAAAUCGCCAUCCAGCGUGUCAUUGGGUAGUUUGUUUGGACGCUCGUUUGAGAAGCCGACCACGCCUUCUCCGACGAAGAAGCGGUUAUCUGUGCGCGCCCGAUUAUAACGGUCACUUGUCGCACUCUCGCUGGACUCCGGAGAGCAUUGGUGUCAGCGGACCCGGUUGGCGGCUAACGACCCGUCCUGCCCGGUGGACCCCCUUUUUCUGGGAGCAACCGUUUUCUUUUUUUUUUAUUUUGACGUCAGUCAGCGAUGGUGGUGGGCGGAGUCAUCGUCUUCGUCGUCGAGGCUGCCUAAACUGCGUCAUGGGCGAGCGUCGUGGCCUGAAGGCGCUCGAGCUGUGGUGCCGUCGGGUGACCGAGGGCUACCGCGACGUCAACGUGGUCGACAUGAGCUCGUCGUGGCGAGACGGGCUCGCCUUCUGCGCGCUCAUCCACCACUUCCGGCCGGACCUGAUCGAGUUCGAGUCUCUGCGCAAGGGCGACGUUCUGGCCAACAACCGAUUGGCCUUCAGCGUGGCCGAGUCCCAACUGGGCAUCCCGGCCCUGCUGGACGCCGAGGACAUGCUGGCGCACCGGGAACCGGACCGGCUCAGCGUGGCCACCUACGUGUCACAGUUCUACCAGUACUUCGAAGGCAGCAUCGGCUCCCGACGGAGAGCGGCGACUGCCGCGUCAGCGCUCAAGAGGCCCGCCUCGUCGUCCUCGUCUCCUCCUCCGCCGCUGAGCAUCGGGCCCCCGACCAAGGUAGUCACCGGCGACUCGUGCCACACGUGCCGCAACCGGGUGUUCCUCCUGGAGAGGCUCAUGGUGGACGGCCGUCUGUACCACCGGUCCUGCUUCCGCUGCAGUCGCUGCGACGCCGUGCUCAGCCCGGGCGCCUACAACGAGUGCGACAAUGCGCCUGGCACGUACGAGUGCACCGUUUGCCCAAAGGACGAAGGACCCGAGUUCACUCUCACGCGACAAGACGACGCACCACCGAAGACGUCGACACCGAAAGGCGCGCCGGCGUCGGUGACGGCGCCGCCCAAGCCGGAGAUACCGGAAAAGAAACUCGAGCUGACCGAGAGCGUUCGCGUCGCCCGCAAGCUCUUCCAGAGCGCCAUGGUGGCCGCCGACGCGUCACCGGACGCGACGAGGGCCAACGCCUCCUCGGCCAAUUCCUCCUUGGCGGCCGACUCGUCGGUCGAUUCGUCGUCGGUGGUCCGAAACGGCGGCGAGGGCUCGGAGAGUCCCGUGGCCAAGUGGAAGUCCAUGCAGAAGCCGGAGUUGCCGGCGUUCCUGCGACGUCGCGACGAUCAGCCGUCGACGACGUCGACGGUGCGGGAGAACAUCAAGCGGUUCUCGCAAGCCGCCGAGGCGAACAACAAGUCCUCCGCUUGGGCCAGUCCACGGAGCACUCCCCGGAGCGCCGCGAAGUCCCAGGAGCCGUCGUCAUCCAGCCCAGACGCGACGCGCCUCUCGGAUCCCACGCCGCCCCGCGAAAAUUCCACGACGCGACCUGCUCCUCGGGGUCAGACUACGAGCACUACUUCGCCGCGGAAAACUACCACGUUCGACUUACCGGUGAUCAAGUCCGACGUGCCGCCCGUGGGUGACGUGAUUCCCAGACCAGCGCCGCGAACUAGGACGUUAAAACCGUCCGAUCUCGGUGUGGCAGCAAACUUUCAGUUGACCUCCUCCUCCGUGAGUUCAAGCUGCGGGUCGGACGAUCAGGCGGACGGCGCGCCGUCAGAAUCUCCACCGCCUCUGCCGUCGGAACCGCCGCCAUCUUUGACUGGCGACGACAAUGACGUCCCCUCCCCAGGAGAACAAGCGUCGUCGCCGCCCAAAUUGACGAAAUUAGCUCCAGAAGACGACGAUGCUUCCAGUUUAGUAGAAGCGAAGUCCGCAACACCCCGCGACGAAGGUCACGCCCUGAGCCGCGACCAGGAGUCUGAGGACAAGACCAGGAGACCCGAACAGGAGUCCGAGGAUACCGUGCCGAAGGAAUCGAAGGCGCCGCCGUGCACUGGCGACGACGUCAAGCUGGACGUCACGACAAACGAGGACAAGGUAGCCCUGAGGGUGCCUUCCGUGGUGGAGCCUCCGGUGACCGCCUAUCCCACAGACCUCAACCCGUUCGGUGAAGAGGAGGAGGAGGAAGAGGAGGACAAGGACAAGGAAGAGUACCCCGAGUCCCUAAACCCAUUCGGUGAUGACGACGAAGACGACGACGACCGCAGCAGUGCUUGCAAGACAAGCCUGUACGACGAUUCGUUGAAUCCGUUCUCCGAGGGAGACGACACGUCUUUCUCGAGCACGGCGUCUCCGCGGAGGCCUUCCCCGAGAGUGCGCAAGAAGCAGGCUGCUCCGCCUCCUCCGAUCAAGAAGAACGAUGGCGUCGCCGCAAAGGACAAGGACGAUGUCAAGGACAACGCUAAGGACAAGCAGGAGAAGGACCAAGCGAACAAGUCCUUACAGGACACGCCCUCCAAGAGCACGUUCGCAUACUGGAAGCGAAAGAAGCGGCCCGCGCCGUCUGUGCCCGUUCCAGUCCGCAGAGAGAUCAAGCGGAUUCCGUUGAAGGAGAUUCAAGCGGAGAUGGAGGAGAUUGCCACCAAACAGGAAGAACUAGAGAGGCAAGGUCGCGAGAUUGAGAUGCAAAUACGCGACCGCAACGGCAAGUACUCGAGAGAUGGAUUUGUUCCCCCAACUGCUGCUGCCACUGCUUCAGAUGCUGAGCCAACAAUUGAAGAGGAGGAGAUGAUUAUGCAGCUUUUUGAGCUCGUCAAUGAAAAGAACAACCUGUUCAGGCGGCAGGCCGAACUCAUGUACAUAAAGCGCUCCCAGAGGCUCGAAGAGGAACAAGUUGAGCUCGAGUACCAGAUACGCUGCAUUAUGACAAAGCCUUUGAACCAAAAGUGCGACGACGACGCCAAGCGGGAGGAGGAACUGCUCCAGCGGCUGCUCGAGGUUGUCGAGGCACGCAACGAAAUAGUCGACAGCCAAGAAAUGGAUCGGCGGAGGGUGAUGCAGGAGGACUGGAGCAUACAGGAGCAGAUGGCACAGAAGCAGAGCGAGAUCAAAGAAAAGAUGGUCACACCCGAGCCCACACCCGAGAAGAAGCACAAGAAAAAGGACAAGCACAAGAAGAAAGACAAGGCGGAGAAGAAGCGCGAUGAGAUGGGAGACGAGGAAAAGCGCAAGUCGCUGAAGAAGAUCUUCAAGGAGAAGCUUGUGCUGUCCAAGUGACUGCGCUGCUGUGUUGAGUAUUGAAAGCGAGCUUAGGACUGGCUGGUGUCGGCACACGUUGGCUGGCACGUGUUGCUCUAGAUGAGUUGUACAUAUCGUUCGUAACAGUGAUGAAUUAUGGGCAGCUGUA